UCUAACCUAAUUUUUGAACAAAAAUAAAACGUAUUAAGAAAGUUUACUAACAAAAUACGAAAUAAUGGGUGAUAUUAUAGAAAAUUCUCCCGGUAGAAGAGCUAUAGAAACUAUGGAAACCAUUCAUAAAGAUCUAGUAUUCAAAAAGCCAAUGGGAGCGGCCAAGAAAAGAACAAAAAAGAAAAUUCUAGACGAAGAAGUAUACGUAGAAGAAAUAGGCAAAAUAAUCCAGCGAGACUUCUUCCCGGACUUGGAAAAACUGAAAGCCCAAAACGCCUACUUAGACGCCGUAGAAUCCAACGAUAUGCUCAAACUCAAAGAACUAUAUGCAAAAUACAGCGGAAGCCAACGCCCCUCCGAACGAAUUCCCAGCCCGGCCACGUUCGAAACCCCUGCGAACCUCCACAACUCCCAAUUCUCCGACCGGCAGCCCUCGGAGAGCCCCAUCGAACUGGACUCGGACAAGCCCAAAGCGAACCAGCUCAGCUUAGAUCAGUACCUGAACUCGCACACGUCCCAGGACAACGAGAGCUUCGAGGAGAUCCUCGAACAGUCGGAGACGAAGCGCCGGGAGAAGUACUCGUAUCUCUUCAACGAGGAGGAGAAGAGCGAUGAGUACCACCGGAAACUCCUCGCGUUGCCUUCGAUCGAAGACCAAGCGCUGGUGCCCGAGAAGAAGUUCGAAUUGGACACUUGGGGCUACAAAAACCGCAACUACAUCAUGUACGUGCCCGACGGGGUCGAAUUGAGCGAAGAGGAAAUACUGGAGAUCAAUAAAAAACGACAAGAAAUCGUUCAUUCUAAUACUCGGUUAACAGUCAAUCCUUUCAACGAAGUCCAAAGCAAGGAGACCAUCAACGAAUUGGCCAAAACGCAAGCGAAAGUACUCGAUGGUAAAAUAGGAGUAGAUGGAAAGGAAUUAUUACAAUCGGAUACACCGAAAAUAGGAGGAUACAGCUUCGUUAGAGAACCGUCUCCUUCUCCGAGCAUGCUCGGUACACCGUUGAUGACUUGGGGAGAAAUCGAAGGGACUCCGUUUAGGUUGGACGGCAGCGAUACUCCCAUACCAAGGUCUCAAGGGCCUACUUUUAAGAUGUCCGAACCGCCUCGAAGGGAACAACUCGCUUUGGCUCUAGCGGAGAAGGUCGGAGAGAAGAAAAAUAUAGAAAAGAAGAGGAAUUUGGACGCUCAACGACGGCAAUUCGCUUCGCCUUCGCCUAGACCUAACACAUCGGCUAUCGAUCGAUUGGCUACCAUGUCGCCUGCGGCUAGAAAACUGGCCAGUUCGAGGCUGAAAUUCUCGAUUAAUUCCGACGCGAGAUCGACGUAUUCGCCGAGUCCUAUACUCACCCGGAAAACGCCGCUUCCAUCGCCUAAAAGGGCUGCGACCCCUUUGGUCAAGGCCAAGAAGAUGACCACCGAAGUGUCCACCGAUGAUCUGUUGAAGAUUAACCUGCCCAAAAGGAAGAAGGCCUCGGAUUUUUUUUAACGGAGCUUAAUGUUAUUGUAGAUUGUAAUAAAGAGGUGUAUUUAUCUAUUAAAAGAUUCGAUUGCCGUUUUUGAUUUGACAGUUUUGAC